AUAUUGUUUUUUUUUUUUUUUAAAUAAAACAAAUUAUUAAUUAAACAAAUAAUCAUUGUAAAAAAAAAAAAAAUAAGAGCAGUCGAUUUAUUAGAUUGAUUAAUCUGUCAAAUUGAAUUUUAAAUAUUUUAUAAAACAAUAAAGCAUUAUUUUUUGGAAAUAAUAUUUUUCAACCAAUAAUGUGACGUCACAAAACCCAAGCAUCGAUAUUAACCAAUGAUAUUGUUUCAAACGGUAUUUGAUUAUAUGUGUGUGUAAAAUACUCCAAAAAGUUAGAAGACUCGUUGUGUUUGUCGUGUGCUCUCGUAGACAACGGUUAACCUUCUGUUCUGUGUGACAUCUUAUUUAAUUAUUAAAAAAAUAAUCUCAAUUAACAACAAAAAUAUUAUCUUCUCUUGUCAAAUUAAUAAACAAUCAAGAAAUCAAUCAAGAUGACUUCAACAGGAACAUUCCAGGGAUUAAAUGCUGACCGCAAUUCAAGCAAGGUCUUGAAACCACCAGGUGGUGGAAGCAGUGAUAUAUUUGGAUCAAGUGGACAAACAAGUCCACGUCGUAUUAAAAAUCACAAUCAAUCGCAGCUUAGUUCAGGAUUUUUUGGUGAUUCAACAAAUACAGGAAACACAAGUCCAGAUUCACCACGUGGAAAUAAACCUGGUAAUGAUUCAUACAAACGUCUGUUUGGUCCCCCUGAACCCAUAAACCCAAAUACAAAAAAUCAUAUGCGCAGCAAUAUAUCACUCAGCAGUAGUGAUUAUCAAGACAACUUAUUUACAAUUAAAAAGAUGAACGGUAUUAAUGGUGUUCUACCAUCAAAUGGCAAUUCCAUUAUCAACGGAAAUGCAUUUACUAAUGAUAACACAGGAGGAAGCUCCUGCAUGCCACGUAAUCCAGUAACUGGCGAUGGAAUUAUUAUCACGCCAAUAAAACGCAACUUACGAAAAUGUAGAGAUGGAAAUCCAGUAACUGGUGCUGGUUAUAUUGAGAAUGGAAAUAAUGGUGGAUCGCAAAAUGGUAGCAGUGCAUCAAGUAUUAAUGGUGAUAAUAGAUCAACAACUGAUUCAUCACCAGCAAGUGUUACCAGCAAACCAGUACGUGGUCGUGUUCCACCAGGUGGUUUCUCAUCCGGUCUUUGGUAAAUCAACCACCAAAAUACCUAACGAAGAAACAAUUAUUAAUAAAAACAACACACAUCAUCAUCAUCAUUGAAUCAUCAACAGAAGAAUCUCAAAUUAAUUAUCAAAAAUAAAAAUAAAACAUUCUUGCUUCUUUUUUUUUUUUUAAAUAUACUUAAACUAUUUGAAGAAAAAAAAAAAAAAAAUACAUUUGAGAUUUAUUAAAAUAUUAAAUUACUGGAUAUGUCGAUACGAUAUUUUUUUUUUUUUUUUAAUUAAUUAAUAAACGAGUGUCUUUAAUAAUAUAAUAAUCGGAAUUAAAUUUAAAUAAUUUUUUUGAUUCAAUAAAAAAUUAAAUGCACCAUAAUGUUUAGAGUGCUUUUUUACCUUGCUUUAUUACCUUUUUUUUUUUUUUCUUUUCUAUUUCGUUUCACACGUUGAUUUUUCUUCUGCUUUGCUUUAGCAAUUUUUUCUUAGUUUAAUUAUAUUAAUUAUUAUUAUUUUUUUUUAUAUUAUUAUUAUUAAUAAAUUCCUUAUAAUAUUUCGAGCAAAACGAGGUGCACUUAAAUGAUUUCUAUGAAUCUCAAGAGCAACUUUGUAAAAGCCUUCUUGAUCUAAAAUAUUUAUAUAUAUUUUCUUUACUAAUUUAAAUUAAUCAACGUGCGUGAUUAUUUCCUCAUAAUAUAUA